CGCGUCCGUGAGCCGAGGAGGGUGGGAAGGAAGCCGGCGAGGGAGGCGGGCGGGCAGUCGGACACACCGGGGUCGAGGACUGAAGCAGUGGAGGCAGCCGACGGAUCCCGGCAGCCUCCUCGCGCUGUGUUUCCUGUGCGGGCUCCUGGAAGGGGUGUCGGCUAAGUCGGCCGGGCAGGAGCGGACAUCGGCGGUGUCGGUGCUGGCGCCUGGGGGCGGGGGACCGGAGCGGCGAGAAGGGGGGUUGCUGCGGCGGUGCGUUGCCCGGUGCGUCCUCUUCGCCCCUCUCCCGGCUCGGCGGGCUACUCCCGGUUUCUGCCUCGCCUCCGGGGCCCCGCUGCCCGCCCCCCGCGGUAUGUCUUGAUCCUGAGCGGCGGGUUUCAUGGGGCUCCUCAGGAUUAUGAUGCCGCCCAAGUUGCAGCUGCUGGCGGUGGUGGCCUUCGUGGUGGCGAUGCUCUUCCUGGAGAACCAGAUCCAGAAACUGGAGGAGUCCCAGUCGAAGCUAGAAAGGGCAAUCGCAAGACAUGAAGUCCGAGAAAUUGAGCAGCGACAUACAAUGGAUGGACCUCGACAAGAUACAGUGUUAGAUGAAGAAGAUGACAUGGUGAUCAUUUAUAACAGAGUUCCCAAAACUGCUAGCACCUCAUUUACCAAUAUCGCAUAUGACCUGUGUGCAAAGAAUAAAUACCAUGUUCUUCACAUCAAUACUACAAAAAAUAAUCCAGUGAUGUCAUUGCAAGAUCAGGUGCGCUUUGUAAAGAAUAUAACUUCAUGGAAAGAGAUGAAACCAGGCUUUUAUCAUGGACACAUUUCUUACUUGGAUUUUGCAAAAUUUGGUGUGAAGAAGAAGCCAAUUUACAUUAAUGUCAUAAGGGAUCCUAUUGAGAGACUAGUUUCAUACUAUUACUUUUUGAGAUUUGGUGACGACUAUAGGCCAGGAUUAAGGAGACGAAAGCAAGGAGACAAAAAGACCUUUGAUGAGUGUGUGGCUGAGGGUGGCUCUGACUGCGCUCCGGAGAAGCUCUGGUUGCAGAUCCCAUUCUUCUGUGGCCACAGCUCAGAAUGCUGGAAUGUGGGGAGCAGGUGGGCUAUGGAUCAAGCCAAGUAUAACUUAAUUAAUGAAUACUUCCUGGUGGGAGUUACUGAAGAGCUUGAAGAUUUUAUCAUGUUGCUGGAGGCAGCUUUGCCCCGGUUUUUCAGGGGUGCAACAGAACUCUAUCGUACAGUAGGAAAGAAAUCUCAUCUUAGGAAAACCACAGAGAAGAAACUCCCCACUAAGCAAACCAUUGCUAAACUGCAGCAAUCUGACAUUUGGAAAAUGGAGAACGAGUUCUAUGAAUUUGCACUAGAGCAGUUCCAGUUCAUCAGAGCCCAUGCUGUUCGAGAAAAAGAUGGAGACCUCUACAUCCUUGCACAGAACUUUUUCUAUGAAAAGAUUUACCCUAAAUCAAACUGAGUACAGGUGUGGCUGUAGGAUUCUUGAAGUAGAAUGUUGACUCUGUCUUCAUCAUCACUCUCAGCUUUACCACCUAAAUUGCUGAUAUAAGGAUAAAAUAUUUUUAUUGAGUUGAGUUAGGCAACUCACAAUAACAUCAAAGAAUUCUAUACUGGCAGGUGUGCCAGUACUGUGUGAAGUGUAAGUUUCAGGCAUUUUUAUUUUUUUCUGUUAAAAUUUUUGGUGAUAGUUUUAACCUCCUAUUUGGAUUGAGGAGGUGCUUACAUCAGUUGAAAUAAACACAUAGCAGGUCUAAUCAGAAGUCUAAAUACAAUUUUAGAGACAGUUCUGGUACUUUGCUUUUGACAAAGCCUUUUUAAAGCUAACCAUGAAUGAAGAUGAGUUCAUUGGCCGUUUCCACGCUCACUGGAGGUUUGAGUUCUACACCUCUACUGAAUAGUGUUAAUAACUGACAAUAUGUGAUUUGUUUGAAUUUGUGUCAAUCAUGCCUCAUGAAAUUUAGUGGAAUGUUUGAUCAUGUUUACUAAGAAAUGUUUCUGCUGUAGUUGGAUUUGCCCAUAUUUAUGUAGGUGGUUUUAAUUGUUUUGAUGAUCAUUUUAGUGUUAAAAAAUGAAGUUAAACCAUGAAUGAUAUUAUAUUUUUAAAAAAAGAGUUGAAGCAGUAUUUCUCAUUUCUGUCUCCCCACUGUCUAAUAUUGGGAAGAUGUCACUAAGAAUGUUGGCAUUAUCUUCAGGUUCUAAUUAAGACUUCUGCACAUUACUAUCAGAAAAGUAAGGUUUGUAUUUGUUUCUCCGUAAGUGAUUUGUAAAGCAGUAGGCUGAGCUAUCAGCCCAUAGUAUGACUCCCUUAGUGAGCUGUGGUAUGGUUAGGGUUUUCCUUUUCCAACUUCUGUACUUUCACCUGUAGACUAUUUUUACUAAGGUGCUUUAUAAUGUGUUUUAAAGCAUUGCAUUUACAAACAACAAAAAAGAAACUGCUGUAAAUAUUGCAUAUUUUAUGUAUUUGGACCAAAAGGUUAUAAUUAGACAAAAGUGGUUUUGCACCAAUUUUAUUAUGUCGAUAAAGUCAUCAGACCCACUGUUCUUGCAUUUCUUACUUAACUUUACUGUUAAGACAUCACUGAAAUGAUCUUUAGUAACCUUACAAGUUAGAGUAUAUUAUUCAUAACUGGAGGCAGUAGCUAGAGUGGAAAGAACACAAGAGUGUAAACACAUUGAUUUCUGGUUCUGUCUCUGUACCGUUCAGCUGUGAGAUCUUGGGCAAGUUCUUAACUUCUCUUUGCCCAAUUUACCCACCUGAAGUGAGGAUAAUAAUACCUGCUGUACCUACCUCACAGGGCUGUUGUGAGGACUGAGAUGGCAUGUGAAUGCACUUUGAAAACUUUAAAGCAGUGAAUAAAUGUAAGGAAUUGUUGUGAAACCAUCUUAAACAAUAUAGUUUCAUAGCAUUCAUUUUGUAACAGUUAAAAGGAAGAAGUCUGCUUUUAAGCUUUGUGACAAAAACGUUUAUCUUGAUAUAAAUUUGUGUUUUAUAAAUAUUUUCUCAGUGUUUCAACAACUAUUGAAAUAUGAAACACCUGUGAACUUUUAAAGAUUCCUAAGCAGCUGCUUGAGUUCAGGAGGUUCUGUGGCUGGAAACAGACUUCAUUAGCUGACUAAGAGCAGGAAAUUCUUGUUCUUCACAUCUGAAAGAUGUGUUUUGAUUUUACUUUAUAUUACCAUUCUGAAAUGGUAGCUAUUUUAUAUCUAUGGGGUUUUUUUAGAGUAUGUUUGUCAGACUUUAAUUUUCCUGUUCAUUCUUUACCUUUUCCUCUUGGAGUAACAGAUGAAAAAUUUUAGAAACCAUUUUCCAAAAGAAUGAUUUUUAUUGUACAAAGCAUUUUAGGCAGAAGUCCUUAAAGGUUACUAAAGAUGGGAGGGGGAUAGUAGGAAACACUUCAUAAACAUUUGCAAAGACAAACUAAAGGAAGAACAGAAUCACUUUACCACUAACAACAUGAAAAUAUCAAGAGACAUAGGUAGGCAUACUUUUCUUUUUUGUUAUUCCUUUAUUUUUCUACCAUAUUUUUCCUUUUUAACUUUUUGAAGUAUUUGCUAAAAUCAUUCACAGAUUGUUUCCUUGUCCACAAGUGAUUCCUAUCCAUAGUAAAAACCCCAGCUUGUGCUUGGAGUACCUAUUGAAUCUUCUAGAGGUACACUAACUCUCAGACAGCUAGAGUAGCACUAGGUCAGGGGGAUCAGUAAAUUUUUUAGUAAAGGACCAGAGAAUAAAUCUUUUAGGUCUCUGUCAUCACCACUCAGCUCUGUGACAGUGGUGUCGGGAGCAGCUGUAGGCUCUACAGAACCAAGCCUGAUCUUGUUCCAUUAAAACUUUAUUUACAAAGAUAGAUGACAGAUCAGAUGUAGAUCCUAGGCUACCAAUGCCUACGCUAGAGAAACCAUUAUUUGUGGAAAGAUCAUGUUUGGGUGUGUACUCUUAUUGUCUAAUAGAAUUUAUAUGCUUUCAAAAGCUCCUAACUUACAUCCAAAGAAUUGUUUUCAGAUUCAUGCAGUCUUUCCCACAGAUUUUUAAACUUUUAUGUAUAUUGCUUGUGGGUAGGUGUGUAUUUUUCUCUUUGCUAGUUAAGAAUUGGGACAUGUACUUUAUCUCUUAGGGUGGGAUAGAAAUGUCCUUUCUGGAGACUGAGAAAGGAGAGGAUCCAGAACAGGCCUAGAGUCUGAGUCUUUGUAACAUAUGACUUUUUAUAAUCAAUUCAAUGAAUAGAAUCACUGAUGUAGUAUCCAUUUUUUUAAGUGGCAAAUGUGGUUUCUUUUUUUUUUCAGACUGUGUUUAUUCAGUAUUUUGACCAUAGAGAGAUUUUUUUCUUUUUUAAUAAUACAAAAGAAAGUAAACUACUUUGAAUUUUAAAAGAUAAUGUCAUCUGUGUAUUAGUAUUUCUAUGUUUAUUUCCUAAACAGUAUCUUUUUGUUCAACUUGUAUCAACUCCUAUUUUCUAAUUGCUGUGAAAAUAGCAACUGUUGCUCUAUUAUUGUGACUGUUUUAAAAUGUAGUAGGGAAGAUAUAUUUUGGUUUUACCUAGCUUUAAUCUGUGAAGUAUCACUUAAAAUAUUGUAAGGGAAUUACUUUUCUGUCACCCAUAAGCAUUUGUGCAGUUUUGUGACAACAAACUGGCUACAUCUGAAUGAUUGCACUGAAAAUCAGAGAACCAAAACUUACAUUCAACUUUUAAAUUUUUAUUUUCUAUCCUUAAAGUACAGCUAAUGCCUAUAACUUGAAAUCUGUUAUUGUUCUUUCUCUUUAUACGUCCUACUGGAAAUUCCUAAAAUUGUUAGUGCCAUCAGUGAUUUACCAAACAGUAUUUUGAUACUGCAGAUGAUUUCCUCAUUGUAUUUGCAUAGUCAGAAAAAAAAUAGUUUGUAGACAAUGAUUCUUUUUUAAUAAAAAUGAAAUAAAAUUCUGAAAGCAUUAGAGAAUUCAACUAAAGGCUGGUUCCCAAAUGCAUAGCUGGUAUUUUAAUUUGUUUAAAUUAUACUUAGAGAACAUCUGUGUAAAUCAUCUCACUGGAUUUUCCCAUUGGUCAUUGUCAAACAUGUAUGGUCUUCAAAUCCUUUAUUUUGAGAAACACCUGGUACUGUAACCUUUUAUGAAGUUUGUCUUUAAGUGGUCCGUGUACUUCUGUUUUUCUAUUUUGAAAGUUUGCCUCUUCCUAAAUCAGUGCUGUUUACUUUGAGAGGAAGGAGGGCUCUUGUUAGGUGCUGCAUCCACGUACCUGCUGAAUCCGUGUACCUGCUGGCGCUCAGUUGCCAUGGGUCGCCAUCUGAACUGCUCCCAGGCAGUCUUCCGAGAGGAAAGGCAGCCCAGUUUCCAAUGCACUGCCAACUGAGCUCCUCUGGGGUGGAGCUUGCUUUUUUGAUUUCCUGAAAUGGGAAUUGUAGAAACUGAAAUAAGCGAUCCUUUAGUCAGAUGUAUCCUGUAAUUUAACUUCAUGCAGCUUUGUGACCUUUGUAGUACUAUUUAUAAAAUGGCCUUGAUGGUGGUGAUCUCUUUAAAAUAUAUUAUUGGUAAGCCUGUGGGAAGUCCUGGUGCAGUCUAUCUGAUUUUUUAGACAGAUUUUGUAGCUUUCUAUCGAGGGGUAUAUGAGCAUCUCUAAAGCAGUGUUGGAUGUAACCUAGAGAAACAUGGAUUGUCUAUUUCAACUUUUAUUUAAUAGACAGUGACUCAGUGCCUUUUCCUCCUCCCAAUCCUGUUGGAAGAUGCUCAUUACUUGCUGUCUUUUUUCUGUUUCUCUUUAUCUCCUUAUCCUACCCUCCCCACCUUCCAGUUGAUUCAUUUAUGCAAGACUUUCCAAUUUAAAACCAUUUUGUCUCAUCUGUUGGAGAGAUAAUAAUCAGUCCUUUUCCUCAGCACUCUGCCAGCUUUCUGUUCAAGUGUUUCAGUUGACUACCUGAUGCAAAAACUAUAAAAUAAACAGUGGGAAAGGGAGAAAUGG